GGCGGGCAGCUGGCGGGCAGCUGGUGACGAAGGAGGGGCAAAGAGAAAAAUUGGCAACCAAGAAAACAUACACUAAGCCAAAUCAAAUCAGAUCAACGAACAGUGACAGCAGCAGUAGCAGGCUGUUGACGACGGGAGCUCACUUUGAAAAUAUCCAACUGCAGCCAAUACUGUUUACGAAUUAGUUACUAAGCAUCGGAUACGAGAAGAGCGUCACUGUUGCUCGCCCUUGUUUUGCCUCGGCUGCCUGUUGCUACACGGGCUCUAUACAGCUUCCUCACAAAUGAGUCACGACCACAGCACAAAACUCAAGCAGCAGCUUGAAAACAGCAAUUUGCCUUCUUCAGAUGAAGUAAACGAAAACCUCAAAGCCGCAGCUGAGAUGGCUUUCAGCCCAAUUACUGGCGUUGGUGGCCUGUAUCUAGGAGGUCUUUGGGCACUGAGACGCACAGAUACCUUGAAAAAGAAACAAAUAUCCAGCGUCUUAUCCAUGGUCAAGUUUGAUCCGGAGGCUGUCAAAAAUUUCAACAACGAACCAUGGUCUGUCUACGGUAAAGAUCUGCAGCACCUCAUGAUUGACUUGGACGAUGUUGAAGACGCUGACAUCCUCGUCGAGCUGCCCCGUGCGGUACGGUUUAUUGACGAGGGCCUCACGAAUGAGGAAGCCGGGGGCGUGUUUGUACAUUGCGUCGCCGGCAAGUCUCGCUCCGUGUCCGCCAUUAUUGCUUAUCUUCUAUGGAAGCACCCAGAGCGGUUCAAUCACAGCCCGGCUCUUCCCCGAAAAGAGACAGCUGGCGACGCCGUCCAAGCGGCUCUCAACUUGAUUCGCCAAACAAGGCCCAUGGCCGAGCCAAACCCUGGCUUUGAAGAGCAGCUGCACUUGUGGUGGGAAAUGGGCUGCCCUCAAGACGUCGAAGCGCAGCCUGCGUACCAACGAUGGGCCUAUAAGAAGGAAGUGGCUGAACAUUUAGCUGUUGGACAGGCCCCCUCGCGACUUCGCUUUGAAGACGAGCAGGAGCAGCAUGGGUCGAGCAGCAAUGCCGACAUUAAUGUGCGCUGUAAGAAGUGCCGGCGUGUGCUCACGAAUGGAGCCUUUAUCCAAUCGCACGCGCCGAGGGACGCCAAAUCACCUGCAGCCAAAGCGGGCUGCCCGCAUCUUUUCAUCGAGCCGCUGAGUUGGAUGCGUUCCGAGCUGGCCAAGGCGGAGCUGAACGGGCGCCUGAGUUGUCCGAACCCGCGCUGUGGCGCUGGUGUUGGCCGUUACGACUGGAAGGGAUUCAAGUGCUCCUGUGGUGCAUGGGUAACACCCGCUUUUUCUCUACAACGUGCAAAGGUUGAUGAAGAGAGGCAACGCUCUCGUGCAACCGGUACGGACAGAUCAGCCGCAGCAGCAGCCAUGGGCAUCCGAAUGCCUCCUGGCCGUGGCGGAAAUCUUUAGAAACGCCGCAUUCCUGCAGCCAGUGGCCCUUUACCACGGGGGUACCGCACCAGCAGAAGCAGGCCUUUUUUAGGCAUAUGCUAGGUGUGUGAGUAGUAGCCAACAAUUGCGAUAUAACUACCAAAACGGGGUAGGUGCCGAAUAUACAUCAAACCACCGAAUGGAAGGAAAGGAAGGCCGAGCCUAUCGCAAACCAUCCAUCCAUUCCACAGCCCGCCGAGGAUCGUGGAUUAGCAUUUUCCCAAAUCCGGGUAUAAGUUUCAUUCUCUGCCGCCAGCCUGAUCUUCGCUCUCCGCAAAUACAUCUUUCCCUUGCGCCAGCCGCGCGCGGACUUGAUGGGAAAUAACAACGGCGAGACUUCCAGUUAUGGCGCAUAAAGCCGGCCGUGCACUGCCCUAGGGUCGCUUGGCUGCGCAAUGGCCUAUUCUAUGGCACACCCCGCUAAGCCCCUAGCUCCAGCAGAGUGCCUUUUUCAUGCCCAGAGAGCCUGUAAGUGCUCCUUUCCGAGCACUGCCACAGGGUACACCUCUCGCCAACUUUGAGCCGUGUGCGGGGAGCGGCGUCUUUGGGCGUCUUUGGACGGGCAGCGAUGACGCUAGGGUCACUGCGCACUUUGUGGCGCUCAAUAGAGGGCAAUGAUCCGGGUUGCCCAAAUCAGGCAGCCAAUGCGAUUGCUCAAAUUCUGAAAUCUCAAACGCUGGCUUCAUGCGAGGUCACCAACAAGGCUGCGACAGCCGUAUGCGUCCCUAGUGCUGCUGAUCACUGCGCUCUGUGAACGGAAAACCUUGGGUUUCGCCAUUUUACACUUUGAGGCUAAGCCGCCUUGUAAGACUGGCUUUACCUAAUACUGGACACCCACUUUAAGCUAUCCUACACAUCUUUAGGCCUUUGCGGUGUUGGUGGCGCUAUGUCCGGCCCUGUCCCAAUUGGGGAAUCCUGGCCAGCCGCUCCUCGGAUUCGUCACCCAACAUUCGCCGCCACCGAUACAUGCGACUUCCAGAUGGAUGAAUAACGACAACACUUAAUAAUACACAUAUAUGAGUACACAUUUAAUGAUACAAUAAUCUCAACGCUGUGAUCUUGCAAUAUCAGUCAUCUUCCUAUUUGUUGUGAACCUCGCAACCUGGCUGAAGUUGCCCGAGUGUCGAAUAAGACAGAGCCACCAAUACCACGGGAUGACAAAGAAAACUGACCACAGGAUUUAGGACACAGAAAAUGAAAAGCCACGCGGUCUCAUAGAGCAUGAUUAGUCUGAAUAUCAAUGGCUUGGUACUCAGGUCCCCAAGCGCCAGCACCGCUGCUUCCUCGAUCUGGUUACCCAGCGCAGCCUCACAGGGCGAGCACAGAUCAAACUUGGCUUUAUGGCAAUGUGACCAAACGACGUGGCCAUGAUCAUGCGCUUUUCUUGGGGCGUCUGCUAAACGCCACUGAUAUCUACAGUUUGUCUGUACGCAGGGUACAGUAUCCCCAAGGUUUGCUGCAAUAGACAAACGAGGCGCGUUGCUUUUCACAAACAAAUGAUAGGUCAACUUUUUGCUAGCCGGAUACGGUUCCCACCGACGAGAGAUGGAUUUAGAUCAGCCAACACAACAGGGGACUUCCGUGUCCGUGCCCGAUUUCACCGCUGCUGAUUUGGCCUCAGCCUUGGAGGCAGCACUAGCGAGCUGAAGUGGCCUGUCGAAAAAUGCCUUGUUCAGCUUACACUCACUUCAACACCAUCUACUAAUAGGGUAAACUAAUGCAUUUUCACUGGCCACAGCCCUGUUUGACUGUUUGUUUGCACACUCUCGCCGACCUUACAAGCAGGGCGAGCAAGCAGCCCCUGGUGCUGU